GUUUCGUUACGAGUUCGCUGCAAAAAGAGGGAAAUUAACAUUUUUGCACCUUUCCGGGACCGAUAAGAACGACUACGAAUCAUUUGCAUCGCAAGCCGUCGUCAAUCAACCCUAGAGAGUACAGAAACCUGUGGACGCGAUCCGGGAGUCCCGAAAGGAAUCCGCGCUGAUUACCGGAUAACCCUCUUAGCUACCAAAGGGAACAAACGGAUUGUACGUAAUCGGUCCAUUUCACAUCCGGAACAUCCGUAACCGUGCAGAAGUAAUAGAAAUGAAACUGUUUUCAACAUCCGUGCUUUGGUAAAUCCUCACUCAAGAAGAAAAAAUAGAAGGUGUUCUGUUCCUUGGUCGCGAAAAUGUAUGACCUAAAGGUAGCCAUCUGGCUGCUACGGCGGUUUCGGGUUAGUUCCGCCAAUUUUGUGCCACCCCAGCGGUGCUUGGCUACCGCACACUCUGCGGAAAACGGUAACCAACACACGGAUCAACCAGCAACGACCAGCGGCAAAGAGAAACUCAUCAAAGUGGCCAUGAUUGGGAUGCCGAAUGCGGGCAAAAGUACACUCAUCAACCGGCUGAUCGAUCAACGGGUUUGUCCAGUUUCAGCGAAAGUACAUACAACCCGGAGGGCAUCGAAAGCGAUUCACAGCCGCUCGAACUCGCAAGCCAUACUCUUCGAUACGCCCGGUCUCGUUGGCAACCGGGAAAUCAAGAAACAUCAGCUCGAUGCCCAGUUCGUGUCCGCUUGCCGGCACGCGAUCCAACACUCCAGCUUGAUCGGGGUGGUGCACGAUGUUUCAAACUCGUGGACCCGCCACGCGCUCAAUCCGGUGCUGUUGCGUGUGCUGGAAGAAUACUCCCAUCUGCCCAGUUUUCUCAUCCUGAACAAAAUCGAUACGCUGAAAUCGAAACGAAUUCUGCUGGACAUCGUGAAGAACCUUACCUGCAAUCGGGUGGAAAGCAUUCGUGACUAUGUGCCAGUGAGGCGGCGCAAUAAGCUGGCACCACAGCUGGCAGGACAGCAGGAGAAGCAGGUGCAGGAGGAACCAUCAACGGAUGCACCGGUACAGCAGGCCGAGGGGUGGCCACAUUUUACGGAGAUAUUUAUGGUCUCGGCGAUGACGGGCGAUGGGCUGCGUGAUGUGAUGACGUUCGUGCACGGGAACGCAAAACCGCAAGCCUGGGAACAUAUGGCCGAUGAGCACACGGAUCAAUCACCGGAACAGCUGAUCGUGCAGAGUGUCCGUGCACGUUUGCUGGACUUUAUGCCACAGGAGAUACCGUACCUGCUGCAGACCGAGCUCGAGUUCUACGAGGUCGUCGGUGGUCGAGUGCUGACCAGCGUUGUGGUGACCUGUCCCAGCGAGCGGAUCGCGCGGUUGGUGUGCGGUGAGUCGAAUGGAAAGCUGCGCCAAAUCAACGAACAGGUAACGUCGGAUCUGAUCGAAACGUUCGGCAUGCCGGUGCUGUUGACCAUCACGACGCAGGUGCGCAGCAAGGAACCAAAGGCGUAAAGAGAGGGAGGUAGUUUUGCGGUUAAUUAGCGUGGAUGUCGAACGAGAAAAUGCAAUAAACAUGUAGUGCAGAUGAUAA